GAAGUUGUCGCUCUUAAGCAUAACUACAGGACGUAUCUGGAGCCUUUUUUUCUAGCAAUUCUCUGUGAAGAUCUUCACAGCAGGAAUGAUUGUUUCUGGGAGGAAAAACUCAAAAUAAAUUGGCUUGAGCAAUCAGAGGAAGAUCCUUUAGUCUACAAUGAAGGAAACUUUGACGAUCAAAAUUCACCAAAAUGCAUCAUGGACCGAGUCUCUGUUGAUCGGGGAGCUGAACAAUUUAUUUUAAGAAGGAACGAGGAACGGCGUCUCAAGAAUUUGGCUAACGGGCUUCUAGACAACGAAUCAGACGACAGCGACGAUGAGAGCCAGGAAGAGGAGAAUCUUGCAGAAGUGGAAGACGAAGAGCCUAGUAGCAGAACCCGGUUUGAGGCUGGACGCAGUAGAUCUGGGAGAAGAGUCACUAGAUAUCGUCUUUAA